CAUUCCUCAUCGUUUCAAUUGCUAGCUGUCUCUCCCUCUUCUUCUUCAAGUCUCUCUCGCCACUCGCUCUUUCAUCUCUUGACCUUCCAAAUCCCUCACUAAUUAACCAAGAGAAGCAAAAGGGGCGCUCUCUCUGGGUUAAUUACUUGCUUCUGCUUCAAAAAUGCGGCUGACUUAUUGGAGCCUGUUAUGCAUAGCUGUCUCCGUUUUCGCCAUUGUUGGAGCUGAAGAUCCGUACAGGUUCUUCGACUGGAAUGUCACUUAUGGGGACAUAUGGCCACUUGGGGUUCGACAGCAGGGAAUACUCAUCAAUGGACAAUUUCCAGGGCCUGACAUUCAUUCUGUGACCAAUGAUAAUCUCAUCAUCAAUGUGUUUAACAGCUUGGACGAGCCUUUCCUAAUUUCCUGGAGUGGGAUUCAGCAGAGAAGAAACUCAUACGUAGAUGGUGUGUAUGGAACAACAUGUCCAAUCCCUCCAGGGAAGAACUUCACUUACAUUCUACAAGUGAAGGACCAAAUUGGGAGCUUCUACUACUUCCCUUCACUUGGAUUCCACAAGGCCGCCGGUGGUUUUGGAGGUAUUCGGAUCCUCAGCCGCCCUCGGAUCCCUGUUCCCUUCCCGGACCCUGCCGGUGACUACACUAUCCUUAUUGGAGAUUGGUACAUGUCUAAUCACACGGACUUAAGGGCUCGUUUGGAUGGAGGACACAAGCUACCUCCCCCUGAUGGAAUCCUCAUCAAUGGUCGUGGCAGUGGGUAUGCUCUUACUGUUGAACAAGGAAAGACAUACAGGCUUAGAAUAUCGAACGUUGGAUUGCAAAACUCUCUCAACUUCAGAAUCCAGGGCCACACGAUGAAGUUAGUGGAAGUGGAGGGGACCCACACCCUACAGUCAUCCUACUCUUCACUUGAUGUUCAUGUGGGCCAGUCUUAUUCAGUUCUAGUAACUGCUGAUCAGCCUGGUCAGGACUACUACAUUGUGGUUUCAACUAGGUUCACCAAUCCUGUUAACACUACUACUGGGGUUCUUCACUAUAGCAACUCUGCUGGCCCAGUCUCAGGCCCAAUCCCUGGUGGACCCACAAUCCAAAUUGACUGGUCUCUCAACCAAGCCCGCUCCAUCAGGACUAAUCUCACAGCAAGUGGACCAAGGCCAAAUCCACAGGGCUCAUAUCACUAUGGUAUGAUCAACACAACGAGAACGAUCAGGCUUGCAAAUUCAGCUGGCCAAGUCAGUGACAAGCAGAGAUAUGCAGUGAACAGUGUCUCUUUUGUCCCAGCUGACACUCCCCUUAAGCUUGCUGACUACUUCCAGAUUGGCGGAGUUUUUCGCGUCGGAAGUAUACAAGAUUACCCAACUGGUGGUGGUAUCUACCUUGACACAUCAGUCAUGGGUGUUGAUUAUCGAGCAUUCGUUGAAAUUGUGUUCCAAAAUGGCGAGGAUAUCGUCCAGUCUUGGCACAUAUCAGGCUAUUAUUUCUGGGUUGUUGGUAUGGAUGGAGGACAGUGGACAGAAGCUAGUAGGGCUCAGUACAAUCUUCGCGAUGCAGUCUCAAGAUGCACUGUUCAGGUGUAUCCCAUGUCAUGGACUGCUAUAUACAUUGCACUUGACAAUGUAGGGAUGUGGAACAUAAGGUCUGAGUUUUGGGCAAGGCAGUACCUUGGACAGCAAUUUUAUUUAAGGGUUUAUACAAGUUCAACUUCUCUUAGAGAUGAGUACCCUAUUCCAAAGAAUGCACUCACCUGUGGUAGGGCUAGCGGCCGGCGAACACGUCCUCUCUAAGCUUCACUGCAGAAAACACCAUAGCCAAAGCUUGCUGGAUGAAGAUAGAGUUUUUGGUUUCAGGUCGUGUUUCUUGGGUGUUCUGUUAGGUUACUGAUAUAUAUGAGAUGAGAACAAUGUACUAUUAGGUCCAGAGUGACCUCAGCUCGAGGUCUCAUUCUUUUCUACUAAAGAUUGUAUUCUCUGUGCUCUAUUAGUUUAAGUUUCUAUGUUUGAAAUUUGAAUUUUAUGUAAGCAAUGUUUGUAUUGCAAUGCAUUCUUAUGCUAUGAGAUGAAGAUUAUUCUUUCAAUUUCAA